AUGAUGGAUACCGUGGUCCAGCAGCAGACUUCGAUGCAGCGGACUCUGGAUACACUAGUGGACUUAGUGGGCUCGUGGGUGACGGUUCACCCGUCUCAGUCUGGUCCAUCCACCGCCCCUGUUCCCCCUGCUGAGGAUGCCCCUAAUCCUAACUCUACGGCGGUUCCUGCUCCGGCUACUACGUUCGCUCCAGCUGCUAAUCCUGAUCCCACUCCUCCUGGAGACGAGCUUAUCAAUGGUAUAGUGAUAAAUGUGGAUACAAGUGAAAUUGAUGAUGAGGAGGAGGAGAAUGAUGACGAUGACGACAAUGAUGAGGACGAGGAUGAGGAUGAGGAUGACAAUGAGGACUCUGAUUUUGAUGAUGGGUAA